AUGCCACGGUUGAAAGUUGAAACGCAUAAGUAUAAAACCCGGCCCAAGUGGCGGGGCGCCCUUCAGGAUACGAAAAAAAAAAACAUCAGAGCAGAGGUGGCAGCGGAUGAGGAUGUGGCCUUGGCGAGCUUCUCCUUCUGGCGUUGCCAUUCCCUGGGAUUUCCGACUGCCGCAGCGCCCUCAUUUAGGGUUUCUUGCUCUUCUCUCAAACUCAACACAACCCUAACUGAAAUCAACAAGGCCGGCGUAAUCACAUGCCUUCGUGCCCGGUUGCCAACAGAGCUAGCGUUGGAAGCUGAAGGUACUGCACUAACUGGUGACAUCUCAGUGGUUUUACAGGAGCUGGUGCAGAAUCAUCCUAGAAAAGUCAUAGGGGUUGGAACUGUUUUAAAUGCUAAGGACGCCAAAACUGCCAUAAAUGCUGGAGCCAAAUUCCUCAUGAGUCCUGUAAUUGUGAAGGCAUGCUCUUGGAACUUAGAACUUUUGUUUUUUCUAAACAUGCUUAAUGAUCACCAGGAGAUUAUGGAUGAUGUCCAAGGUGGUGAAGUUUUAUAUAUGCCUGGUGCAAUGACCCCAACAGAAAUCUUCUCUGCAUAUAAUGCUGGUGCCAAAAUUGUCAAGGAAAAAUGGUGCAUUCUUAAUUCAUCAAUUUGCUAGGUAGGAUACAGUUUCCAGUUGAGCUACUCAUCUCAGCUACCAUUGACACAAUAGGGAAAUUCUCCCCGUGGUAAGCAUGCAUUUACACAAGGAACUUAUUGUGGAAUCCCGUAUGAUUUGGGGGGUGAUUUUCAGGAUAUUGUGGUAGAAGAUUGAGGCCCCAAUUAAAUCUGAUAUUUAGGCUAAAUGUUUGGUUUGAUUUUUAUAUUUUCAUAUUUUGCUCUUUGUGUAUACGUUAAAUAGGG